AUGGGUCAGAAGUCAUCCUCCCAACGACGAGACCGUCGCACGCAGGCAUCUACGGUGAGACACAGUACCCCCGCCACAGUUGCCCGCUAUCACCCCCCUCCUCCUGAACAGAGCCCUGCUGUCACAAACAAUGGUUCGCCAGCGCUCAAUCUACCGUUCGAUAUAUAUCUCAACAACCGCCAAAGCCCGUUCGACCGCCACGAUCCAACAGGGCUUUUUGCUCCUACUCCACACCAUUUCGUCAUCGAGACGUUUCGAAAGUCUCCCUUACGCGAUGCUGUCCGUAUCGUCGACCAUUAUGCCAAUCCGGAACCAAUUGCCCACGAGUCGAUCAGAUUGCUCAAUGAGGGAGUGACGAUGAUCCGGAACUGCGACCCGAGCUUUGUGUUUUUGCAAAAUGCGGAGGAGAUAAAGAGGGUAGUGGAUCAAAUGGUCCCAAAAGCGGAAGAAUUGUUUGACUUCUUGAGCGAGUCAAGGAAGAUGUCUUUCGCUUGGCACAACCCCAAGCCCGGCGUCCUAGAAUCUGACCAUUUUACGCCAGAGAGUAUCCAAAAGCUUAAAUCUGGUUUCGCAACGUUCGCUAGGUCGGGCGUGUAUAUCAAUGAGCUGGUCGAUGAUGAGAAGAAGACUGGUGAAUCAAAGAAGAAGACGAGGAAGGAAGUGGGGAAAGAGAUGAAGGCGGAUAAGCUGAUUGUGAUGAAGGCUUUCAAGGCGUUCGGUCAACGUGAAAGCAAAUUUGUCAGAGGUCUUCGACGUAAUGAAAGGUAG